CUCACCUGAGCUCCUCCCACAUACAGUAUGCAAAACUUGUAUGAAAUGAUUCUCAUGGUCGGCUAUAAGAUGCAAAUGCAGUAGUUGAUGUAGGUUAUUUGAAGACACGAUGAAGUAGGUAUUAGAUUAGUUUCACUGUAAUUAUUAUACAUUCUCAUUAGCCAUCGAAGAGGAAGUCCGAAGCGUUACACCCCCUACGCCGUAAUUACGCACGUGGCUCGAUUAGAAAAGCUGUCGAAUUCACCCCAUUUCACCUGAUGGGAAACGGAUGGUUAUUAACUUGCUUAUUAACUUGCGGCUCUUUUUGAAGAACGAGAACAGCACUCAACCCACGAAGGAUGACUGAUCGGACAAGCACGAGGAAUGCAACAGGUCUGUAUAAUGUUGUGGAUGAAUAUGAAGUAUCCUUCCCCUUUGAGGAGAACCAGGGCCGGUCUGCCUAUCUGAACCAGAGUGAGCAGAUUUUGGAAGAGUCGGCUUCUGAAAUGCCUCCGCACUACAGCCCGUUCAUGCUGAUCACCAACCUGCGCACCCACCUUUGUGUGUCCCUGGAGAAGAAUUCGUGGCUGCAGAAGCGCAUCGAGGACCUGGAGGAGGAACGCAACUUCCUGCGCUGCCAGCUGGAACGCUUUGUCUCCUCCAUGAGGACGCCGGAGAGCAACCAUGUUUAUCCCGAAUCCCAGCACACUAGUCUGAACUACACUACUCUGAAACCUCCACCAGAGAGAGCUCCAAGCCCUCCUCCUUCACCCAUGACCACCAGGUCUGGAAUGCUACGGAAACACGUCCAGAGCCAACCUCACACAUGUAGCAGCAGAGUACCUGUAAAACAGGAGGUGCGUGUGAUCGAAGAAGAUAAGUACUUUGAGGAAGACGGUUAUAUGGAGGAAGAGGAAGUGGAAGAGGAGGACGAUUCAUCAGACGAGAAGAUGUCCAAGAAAAAGGGAUCCAAGAAUGGUGGGGAGCCAAGAAUGAAAAUGAGACGAGUUUUCCGGAUUACUCGGGGCAAGGAAAGACAAAGAGUGAAAGAUCCUGACGGUGUGCUCCAUCGGUACCAGAAGAUCCUCCUCACCUACCAGCGCCUGAGGAGCAUGUCCAAGGCCUUCCAGGUCCACCGGGUGGACCGCAACACUAUGGCCUCCACAUCCCCCAUCGCCGAGCUGCUGCUGGUAGCCCCAGAGAAGGUGGCCGAGGUGGGCGAGUUUGAGUCUUCCAAGGAGAAGCUCCUGGACUACGCCCGCCGCUGCUACAAGGCCCUGGACGAGCCCAUGCACGCCAAAGUGGCAGCCAUGAAGAAGAACCACCUGCUUCUGCCCAUCUCCUACAGGUUCAGAAACUAAUGGAAGGUCCUUUCCUCCUAUAAGUUUAGACAUGGAGGGAAGGUAGACUGAAAAGUUAUUGACCUUCAUGGGGCGUCACAUACCAAAGGCUGUAAGGCUUCGUUAAGAGCCAUUUGGCUCUAGCUUCAGAAGUUAUAAUUAAUUUUUUGUAUUUAUUUUUUACCUCUUCUCUUGAAGUAUCACAUUCAUUGUGUUUGAAUCAUUUUCUGAAGGGCUAAUUGCAGGAUUACUGCAUUGGGGCACUAAGAGGAGUUUUUUGUUGCUGAGCGAGAGAUAUCUGUUUACCCAUCAUAGAUUGUGCAAGGAAAGAGAGAUGGAAUUUGUGUAAAAGGUUGUAGUCUGUCACUGUAUUGACUAAAAGCCACACACUGGAUAAUUUUGUGACGUAGCCUGUUACAGCAGUUACAUAGAAAAAUAAUGUUGGCUCCAUCCUGCGUCAUCUGCUGGUUGGAGAUGCUGUUCAUGGUAAUUAAAUUAAGUUUUUAUAGUCUUUGAUUCAUGGCUAUCUUUCAUUGUCAGGUGGCACAGCAGAAUGAUCUGCGGUGUGACUUUCUGCAUGAUUCAUGAAUGGUAGAAGCACUGACAUACUGCAGACACUGUAUUCCUUCCUUUGAGAGCCCUGCUAGUUUUUGUAGAUGACUGCCAUUCAGGGAAAUAUAAGUUUGCGGAGUCCAAAUUAAUGGAAAAUGUGAAGAAUUUGAGCAUACAUCGAAUGUUGUUUUGAUGGUAAAGACAGUUAAUGGACAGGCACACCGUUCUGAGCCGUGGGUUUAAAGAAACUCCACCUGUACAUGUUUAUUUGUUUUCAUUGUUGAACCAUUUGUUAAUUCCUGAUCCACAGCUACAAUAUUAUUUUGUUAAUUUAUGUAUUUAUUGACAUUUUUUUCCCACGUU